AAACGGCGUUUUCAACAGACUGCAGGAGGCAGCAGGGAAAUCUGGGAAAACUCCAGGAUGGGGUCCCCGCUGGCGCACGCGGCUCUCCUCGCGCUUUGGUGCUGCUGCUGCAGUGCUCAGCGCAUUGACAACAUAUCUCCACGUUACGGAAGCACCAAUGGAGCAACUCGACUCACCAUAUCAGGAGACGGUUUUGCCCAGGAGCGACAGUUCCAGCUGAAUCCAAAAGACGACACAUUUGGCAACCGUGUGACCCUGGUGUCGAACACCCUGUCAGUCCCCUGUGAUGUGGAGAGAGACUCAACACACGGCAACAAGAUCCUGUGUUACACCAGAGCCAUGCCGAAUGAUCAGUAUGUGGUCCGUGUCAGCGUGGACGGUGUUCCCAUUCCUGACAGCAAUAUAUGCAGAGGCGUGUACAAAUCACAGCAAUGCAGCAUCUUUACUGUCUGGUUUCGAACGCCUACUAUCUCCUCUCUGAGUCCAGUCAGUGGUCCCCCAGGCACCUUGGUGACACUGCGAGGACGGAUCUUCUCUGAUGUGUAUGGAAGCAACACUGACAAGAGCUCCAAUGGCCUCAACGUGAGAUUCCUGAGAUCCUACAUGGGAGGGAUGCCAUGCGAGCUGCUUAAACCGCAGUCAGAUGAACUAUAUAACCUUCGACUGGAUUCUGAAUCUUCUUAUUGGGGAUACAUGAGCUGCAAAAUGACGGGGACGUAUGUUGGGCAUCACAACUUGAGUUACAUUCUUGAUGAUGAAUUUGGAAGGAGUUUACCAGACAAGAACCUGUACAGGGUUUCAGCUUUGGGCAAGCUCUCCAUGUUUCAGACCUUUGCAGAGGUAACAGGAGUCUCGCCAUCCAAGGGAAGUGUCAUGGGUGGAACCCUGUUGACCGUCCACGGCCGCUUCUUCGACCAAACCGAUCUCCCAGCACGUGUUCUCGUUGGAGGCCUACCUUGUGAAAUCCAGAGUGUGUCAGAUGACAGAAUUAUGUGCAGGACCGCCAAGCAUGACUUGAACAACAACAUGACAGCAUACUCAGGUGGAAGAGGCUUGAAGAUGGAGGUGUGGAACAACACAAGACCCCGUUCCCUGACUGACAUUCGCAGCUACAAUGACAGCACAACUGGAUACUGGACACAGUGGGUCGACUCCAUGCCCCACGUCUUUGCUGAUGUAUUGAAUUAUUUCAGCUCACGAUCCAGAGGCUUCUUUGUCCCUCCAGCCAGCGCCAACUACACGAUUUACCUCAGUUGUGAUGACCGAUGUGAGCUCUACCUCAGCAACUCCAGCCGCCCAGAAGAUAAGGUUAAAGUUGCGUACCAGUCAUAUUAUGUCCCAUAUUACACAAAUCUGGAAUCCCAAAAGUCUGAAGUACUGGCUCUAGAGAAAGGAAAACCCUACUACUUGGAAAUUCUGCAUCAAGAAUAUAACGGUGUGGCUAGUGUCAACCUUGCCUUGUUCCAAGAGGAGAGUUCCUUCACAGAAGACCAGACAGACGAUGCUGUCAAUGAGGUUCAAUAUAUCGUGGCUGAAUAUGACGUGUUCGAUGAGGAACAGGUGGUAACCUUUGAAUCCUGGCCCAGCAAUAUCACCAGAGUCAAAGAGGUCCAGAAGGUUACCGUCAGCAGCAGCUGCCCCAGCCAUCUUUGUGGGAGCACUUUCUUCAGCCUGGGCUAUGGAGACGCAAAGACUGGACCAAUCCCUGUCAGCGCCUCAGCAGUUAUGGUGGAAGCAGCCUUGAACAGCCUUUGGUCCAUCAAACCCGACACAGUCCAGGUCACCCAACAGAGCGACAGUCAAGGAUCUCACUACACAAUCACAUUCAAUUCUGACAGAGGGGAUUUCAAACCUCUUCACUAUGAGGUUUUUGGCUCUGACACCAACGUCACUGUUGCUGAGGUUACAAAGGGGAGAAGCAACAUGCAGACCUUCACCCUUCUUUGGGGAGGAGUCCCGACAAAGCCCAUCCCCUUUAAUGCAACUGGGUCUGAGGUGCAAUUGGCUCUGGAGAACAUGAUGAAAGCCGAGUGUCCUGUUGAGAUCCUGACCACCGAAGGGACUGAUGUGAAAUACUUCAAUGACUUUGAAAAGGACAACUCUCAGUUCAAUAGUGCUGAGAAAGGGACUCCAGUGAAAAACUCUGCUUUCUGUGGCCUGUGGUCACUGAAGAAUGCUGAGGUUCUUUUCAAGGACAGUUACACCAAAGAGUCUGGUGGCACCUAUGGACCAGUUUCAUUGGACAAGCAUCCCAUGCUUUGCUUUGCACACAAGGGAAUGUUGAAGGAUGAAGUUGGAAUGAAGUUCACUUACUACAACAGCCAAGGCCAAACCAAGACAGAAACCGCAAAGAUCAACACUCUCUUCACUAAGGGCCAAAAAUGGAGUUACAAAUGCAUGGAUCUGCAGAGUUCCCUGCAGACAGAAUACAUUGGAAGCAAAUACAGUCUGCUGGAGUUUUACCUCUACAAAGACGCCUCUGGUGCAGAUUUCUAUGUGGAUACCAUUCACAUCGGAAAGAGACCCACCACAAGUGAUGAAAAUGCCGUUCCGCACAAGAGGAGGCCUCCACCUUUUGAGAGCUCUGGUUAUUCCUUCGAGGUGAUCGCUGUCAACAAAGUUACAUCAACUGCUUCACAGAUCAGCUACAAGAUCAAAGCCACACCAGUAGAAUGUGCCUUUGGAUUCCCACUGUUAGGAGUUGGCUUCCUGCAGAUGUCCAACAGCAGCGAGGACAUGGCUGAGUUCAGGGUGGAAGCAGUCACCGUCACCAUCACUCGCCCUCACAGAGCCACCCCUCCUCUGAACGGCACUUUUGAUGUGGAGAUUUAUGGAGGCCGAGCUGAAGGUCUGUCGGUGGACAUCAGCGAGGAGGACCUGAAGUACGCUCUGGAGGGAAUCUCAGGGAUGGGUCAGGUCAACGUUGAAUGGCAUGGAAGCUGCAGACGCCCCACGUGGAGGGUCAAGUGGCUCACUAAACCUGGAGACCAGCCUCUGAUCCAGGUUGACAGCUCCUCGGUUGUUGGCAAAAACGUAGUUGUUUCAGCCCGUGAGAAUACAAAGGGAGGACUGUUGAUCCGAAGCCUGACAGGAGAUUUCUUGCGUGUCUGGGAAACCAAACCACAGGUGGAGGUUUACAUCAAUGGCAUCCCCUCAAAGUGUUCUGGGGACUGUGGGUUUGAGUGGUCUGAGGACACGACUCCAAUUGUGACUGGAAUCAGCCCAUCUCAAGGAUCUAAUGGCCUGGGGACUCUUUUGACCGUAACUGGGACUGGCUUCAGUAGUGAAAAUGCCUCCAUCAUUGUGGGAGAGGCCAGGUGCCAUGUUGAACAGAUCACGGCUACCACUCAGGUGUGCAGCCUGGGCAGCUCCAGUGCUGGUACCUACCCCGUGUUAGUUAGCUUCCCCUCUCUGGGUAAUUCACGCUACACAGGCGGCGACAUGCUCCACUUCACCUACCAGCUCAUUGUUUCCUCUUUCUCCCCGCUCUCUGGAAGUGUGGCAGGAGGCACACUGCUGACAGUGAGAGGCUUCGGCUUCAGCGAGAACACCACAGUUACUGUCGGCAGUGAGGAGUGCACAGUGGUUUACGCCAGUGACACUGAGCUGAAAUGCAGAACGCCAGCAGGAACUGCAGGAUCACAGACCGUCACAGUGAUGGUGGGAAACAUGAGUCAGACAGCCGACAGCUCCUUCACCUACGAUAAUAACCUUACACCCCAGAUCUCAGGCCUUAGUCCCAGCACCAUCACUGUGAUUGGACAUCAAGUUCUCACCAUCCAGGGUUCGAACCUGGGAGGCCAAGACAAUGACAGCAUUGUGUUCGUAGGCGGGAAGGAGUGUGUCACUGUGCAGUGGACGGCGACAAGUAUCACCUGUCUGCUCCCUGUGCUGCCGCCUGACACAUACAAGGUGGAUGUACAGGUUGGAAACAGUGGCAACCCUGAGACAAGCAACGGUGUGAACGCCACCAUUGAAUACAUCCUGGAAAUCUACAGCAUCUCCCCAUUGUUUGGCUCCUUAAUGGGAGGAACCAGGCUGACUGUUUCUGGAUCUGGUUUCAGCAACAACACCUCUGACAACAAAGUCUCUGUUGGAGGAGCUGAGUGUGAAGUGAAGGCCGCCUCAGAGAAUGAGCUGCAGUGUGUUAUACUGUCAGAGGAGAAGACCCACAUCGUCACCAACCAGGGAUCCCACCACAUUAAUGGACAAGGGUAUGCAUGGAGUCCUGCCUCACUGACAGUAUUUGUUGGAGACACAGUAAUGUGGCGUUGGGAGGCUCCAGCCUUCCAGAGAGUCGGGUACCGGGUCUUCAGCGUUUCCAGCCCAAGUGGCACCAUCUACGAAGAGGGACCAUUCAACAGUGGAGAGACCAAGACAACGAAAGGCUUUUUUGGUUACCGUUUCACUGCACCCGGUGUGUAUUACUACAGCAGUGGCUACAUAGAUGACGCCAACAUCAGGCUACUGCAGGGAGUCGUGAAAGUCGAGCCGCGGGAGGAGAAGAGCAGCAAGGUCUCUGUCAGUGUGGGAGGCAUGGAGGCCAGACAAGUGACAGGAGGUUCACGUCGCGUCUCCAGAGCAGCCCCACAGUGCGUCGCCUCCCCACAGUGCCAGCAGACCAAUGAGACUUCAGAUGGCCUUUCCUUCAUCACCUCCGCCUGCUCCACUCCCACAGUCCACUCCAUCUCUCCCAACCAGGGAUCAUACCAAGAGCUCAUCCACAUUCAGGGCGAAGGCUUCAGCGACACUGCCUGCGCUAAUGAGGUGACAGUGGGAGAUCAGCCCUGUCAGGUGAUCAACAGCUCUAACUCUGAGAUCAACUGCCGUCUCAGCUACAACAGCGAACUUCCCAUCGGCGUCGCUCUCCCCAUGGCCCUCAGAGUCAACAACCUUGGCAGCGCCAUAAUCGCUGUACCAAAAGAGCUCGGCCGCCGUUUUGUGGUUCUACCUGUGGUCAAUUCAGUCUCGCCUCCUAUUGGCAGCUCCACCGGCCACACACGGCUCUUCCUCCACGGCUCUGGCUUCUCUGAAGGACAAGUUACUGUAGCCAGUGAGCCGUGCACUGUUGUGUCAGUAAAUUACACUUGUAUCAUCUGUGACACCUCUCCUUCUCAGCCACACACCGGAGAUGUCAUUUAUCGCACUGGCAGGAUCCAAAGCUCCUGUCAUUCAAACUGCUCCUUCAUGUACUCUUCCUCUGUCACUCCUGAGGUCACUGGUAUUUCCCCCAACAGCAUCAGCGAUCUAACCACUGUCACCAUCUCUGGUUCAGGGUUUGGCAGCCAUGUGGAUGAUGUGGCAGUGUUUGCCAGCACCACAGAGCUGGAGGUCACUGCCGUGACUGAUGGCAACAUUUCGGUGAGAGUUAACGCUCUGCCUGCAGGCGACCACCCAGUCAAAGUGAUUGUGCGAAGUAAAGGCCUUGCAUCCGGUCCUGUCACCCUGAGCAGCCGUGCCCAAGCCGUCCUGAACCCCGAUGUGGGCAGCCUGGCAGGAGGAACCUCUCUUGUCUUCACUGGAAAUGGCUUCGCUCCAGGUAACACCAGCGUGAUGGUCGGUGGCCAACCCUGCAAGAUUCAGGAGGUGAUGCCGGGUCAGCUUCGCUGCCUGACGUCUCCUCACGGCGUGGGGCUGGUGACCGUCAACGUCCAGGUCUUUUCAGUGCAGUAUCCUCCUCUCAACUUCACCUACUCUGCAGCCCACACUCCUGUCAUCAGCUCCAUCAGCCCCACCACUGGGCCGAGCGGUGCAGUCAUCACACUGACAGGUUCAGGAUUUGGCACCGACUCUCAGCUCAUCUCCGUCACCAUAAACCACGUCCCUUGCAAUGUGUCCACAGUCUCCAAUACACAAGUUCAGUGCACUGCAGGAGACAACCCAGGGGGGGCGUACCCAGUCAUGCUGCAUCACCAGGUCAAAGGUCACGCCCAGUCAGAUGUCAUGUUCAGAUAUGAGCUGACUCUGAGCAGCGUGCAGCCCAACGAGGGCAGUUUUGGUGGCGGUGCUCUGCUGUCGGUGCAGGGUUCUGGGUUUGACCCACUCAACUCCACUGUGAUGAUCUGCGGGAAGGAGUGUGAAGUUUACAGAGAAAUGUCGACAUCGACCCGUCUGUACUGCCAGUCUCCAUUUAACAACGGCACUCAGUCAGAGGUGAGCUGCGUGGUUGCUGUCUUUAACCAGCUGGAUGCCAUCAACAUAUCAAAUGGCUUCACCUACAAAUCUCAGUUGACUCCAGUGAUCACCGAGGUUUAUCCACGCAGGGGAGGAACUGCUGGAGGCACCCGGCUCACAAUCACCGGCUCCGGUUUCAGCACUGACAUGAAUGAAGUCAACGUGACGAUCGCAGGGUCUGUGUGUGACCUUCAAUCCACCAACAACACACACAUCAUCUGUGUGACAAACGCUCAGCAACAGUCUCAGGAAACCAAAGUCAGAGUCCGCAUAGGAGACAGAGGCAUCGCCAAGAUGGACAAUGCAGAUUUCUUCUACAUUGACGUGUGGUCGUCCAGGUUCACGUGGGGUGGUCUGUCUCCACCCGAGAGUGGCUCGUUCGCUGUCAUCACCAAAGGCCAGACCAUCCUGCUGGACACCAGCACCCCUGUGCUGAAAAUGCUCCUUAUUCAAGGAGGGACGUUGGUAUUUGAUGAAGCGGACAUCGAGCUGCAGGCAGAAAACAUCCUAAUCACAGACGGCGGACGGCUCCAGAUCGGCCAGGAGGGUGCGCCAUUCCAGCACAAAGCCAUCAUCACACUUCAUGGAAACCUGCGCUCACCUGAACUUCCUGUUUAUGGAACCAAGACGCUGGCUGUCAGAGAGGGAGUGCUGGACCUGCAUGGUAUUCCAGUUCCUGUCCCCUGGACCCACUUGGCCCAGACGGCGACGAAUGGCUCCAUCACACUGACCCUGAUGAAAGCAGUGACAUGGAAAGCUGGAGACGAAAUUGUCAUCGCCUCCACCGGCAACAGGCACAGUCAAAGAGAGAACGAAGUGAGGAAGAUCGCCGCCGUGUCGGCUGAUGGAAAGACUCUAACCCUGACCGAACCGCUCAAGUACACUCACCUUGGGGUUACCGUCACGCUGCCUGAUGGUACAAUGUUUGAGGGCCGAGCUGAGGUGGGUCUCCUCACCAGGAACAUCGUGGUACGAGGCUCCCAACACCAAGAAUGGAACGACCAGAUCGAAGCCUGUCCCGAUGGCUUUAACACAGGUGAAUUCGCCACCCAAACCUGUUUCCAAGGAAGGUUUGGAGAGGAGGUCGGCAGCGAUCAGUUUGGAGGCUGCAUUAUGUUCCACGCACCCAGACCAAAUAAGAAUCUUGCGAUCGGCAGACUGGAAUAUGUUGAGGUCUUCCAUGCAGGACAGGCCUUUAGGCUGGGACGUUAUCCCAUCCACUGGCAUCUGAUGGGAGACGUCAACUACAUGUCAUACGUUAGGGGUUGUGCUAUCCAUCAGACCUUCAACAGGGCCGUAACCAUCCACAACACCCACCGGCUGCUGGUGGAGCACAACGUCAUCUACGACAUCAUGGGAGGGGCCUUCUUCAUCGAGGACGGCAUUGAGACACAGAACAUCCUGCAGUACAACCUGGCUGUGUUUGUCAAACAAAGCACCAGCCUGCUGAACGACGACGUCACUCCCGCCGCCUACUGGGUCACCAAUCCCAACAACAUCGUCCGCCACAACGCUGCCGCUGGGGGCACCCACUUCGGCUUCUGGUACCGCAUGCACGAGCACCCCGAUGGCUCAUCCUACGACCCUAACAUCUGCCAGAACAGGGUUCCCCUCGGUGAGUUUUACAACAACACCGUGCACUCUCAGGGCUGGUUCGGCCUUUGGAUCUUCUCAGACUUUUUCCCCAUGAAGAGCGGAGGCUGCCGCUCCGUAACCCCUAAGCCUGCUGUCUUCCACUCACUCACCACCUGGAACUGUGAGAAAGGUGCUGAGUGGGUCAACGUGGGCGCCGUGCAGUUCAACAGCUUCAUCAUGCUCAACAAUGAGAAAGCCGGCAUUGAAGCCAAGCGCAUCUUGCAGUGGGCUGUGAGCAGCUUUGGAGAGUACGGAGGGGCGACGAUGUCCAACAGCACCAUCGUGGGCCACGUGGACGAGCUCGGACUGGGAGAUAACUACUGCACGCGCCGAGGUGUCAUUGCACCAUUGGACGAUGGCCUAAGUGUCCUUAACACUAAGUUCAUCAACUUUGAUCGUAGCUCUUGCACAGCCAUCGGGGUAACAUCAAUUGCUGGGAAAUGUGUGGACCGGUGUGGUGGCUGGGCUGUCAGGUUUAGUGGUGUUCAAUACAUCAACUCACCCAACAAGGCCGGCUUCAGGUGGGAGCAUGAAGUGCAGCUGGUGGACACUGAUGGUUCCCUCACAGGAAACAUCAAUCACAAAGUCGUCCCUAUGAGCCCCUUGCUGGACCCUGCUCACUGUUCCCAGAGUGCCGAGUGGAGUGUGGGUUUCCCCGGCGCUGUGUGCGACCACACCGUCAACUUCCAUCGUUUGGCAUUUAACCAGCCAUCACCGACCUCUCUGAAUGCCAAGGAUGUCAUCUUAACCAACUCAUAUGGCACCAGUGUGGUUCCCUAUUUGGAGAAGAGAAUGACUCACCCGUUUGGCUGGAUGGCCAUGCUGCCCUCUGGACAAACGUACAACUGGUACUUUAACAAUAUGGACCACAUCACCAACAUCUCUUAUGUUGCAAAAUUCUACGGCUUCAAGCCUGAUCAAUAUGUGAUCAUCAACCACAACCUCACCCAGAGUCCAGACAGAUUCCGUAUCAUCGAUGAGAGGAACGGCUCAUCGACGCCGCUGAGCUUCAGCAAUAACAAGAACGGAGACUGGUACUUCAACAACAGCUCCAAUAACCUCUACUACAUCGUGUCUGGGAAGACCAGCCAGCGCAGGCGUCGUAACAGCGUCGACCGCUCCUUGGUUGACCCAGCAGUAAACUUGGUGGUCUACCGCUGCUUCCACCCCAACUGCAUCCCACCUACACCACCACCUCCAGCCACGCUCGCCCCCUUACCCACCCGCCGGCCUGACAACUUCAUUCGGUGGUCUAAUGCCUCUUUCUGGAAAAGUUCAGCUGAAAAUAACUUCACUGUACCAACAGAGGGCGCUGAUGUGGUCAUCCCUUCAGGGAAGUGGGUCGUUUUGGACAGCAACACUCCUCCCCUCAACAAGCUGACGGUCAUUGGAGUUCUUGAGAUCCCCAACACCAUGAACAGCUCGUCCACCAGACAGGCUCGGGCUGCACCUGAAUACAGCACUGUGGUGGUAGACGCUGUCUACAUCUCCAUCCAGGGCGGCAGGCUGAUUGCAGGAUGGAAUGACGAGCCGUUCAGAGGUCAGCUGCACAUCAAACUGAGAGGGAACCACCGCACUCCUGACUGGCCUCUGCCUAACGGACCCAAUCAGGGAUCCAAAGUCCUGGGUGUGUUUGGUACACUAGAGCUCUAUGGACAACCUCACAACGUUUACCACACCAAACUCGCUGCCACUGCUGACGCUGGAUCCAAUACUCUGACCCUGACGCAGUCUGUCGACUGGCAGGUUGGAGACGAGGUCGGCAUCUCCACCACCAGCUACAACACGUGGGAGACAGAAAAACGUCAGAUAACCGCCGUGUCAGCAGACGGCCGCGUCCUGACCUUGAACCAGUCUUUGACCCACACUCACAUCGGUGAGACUUACUCUGUCUCAGAUACAUCGUUCUCCUACACUCUGGCGGCUGAUGUUGCUCUCCUGACCAGAAACAUUAAGAUCAUCGGUCAGGAGUAUCCAGAGAUGAUGCAGGAGUCGUUUGGAGCCAGACUAUUGGUGGGCACUUACUCCUGGGCCGGAAUCAACUAUAAAGGCAAAGCUCAGAUCAGGAACGUGGAGUUCUUCCACUCUGGUCAGGAAGGCUGGACCGACUACACCGACCCUCGUUACUCUGUGGCCUUCCUCAACCUGGGAGAGGUUUCAGGAGAAGACUCGUACAUUCAGGGUUGUGCUUUCCACGAAGGUUUCUCUCCAGCCAUCGGAGUCUUUGAGACAGAGGGACUGAACGUUGACGAUAACAUCGUCCACCACACUGUGGGAGAAGGAAUCAGAAUUUGGGGCAACAAGAUAACAGUGAGGAGGAACCUGGUGAUGAUGACACUGUGGCCUGGAUCUUAUCAGGACAGAGAGGAGCCCUUCAACUUCGCCUGGAACGCUGCCAUCGAGGUCAAUGAGGGGACAAAUGUUGUGCUGCAACAUAACAUUGUGGCAGGUUAUGAGAGAGUCGCGUAUCGCAUCGAUGGUGAACCGUGUCCAGGUUAUAUGAACGAGAAUGAGAAGUGGAUUCACAACGAGGCUCACGGCGGUCUGUUCGGAGUCUAUCUGAACCAAGACGGUUUGCCCGGCUGCAGCCUCAUCCAGGGCUUCUUCAUCUGGAGGAGCUUUGACUACGGCAUCUACUUCCAGACCAUCACGGAUGUUGUUGUUUCCAACGUGACCCUGGUGGACAACGGGAUGGGCAUCAUGCCGCUCAUCUUCGCUCCUCCUUCUCUCUCCCACGCAUACGCCGAUAAAACCGCACACAUUCAGAACGCCUUGAUUGUUGGCAGCAGCCCGAACUUCAGCUGUUCAGACACUUUGCUCUCCAGUGACUUUAAUAUUAAAAUCACAGAUGGCCAUCGAGCCCCAAGACCUCUCAACGGUGGCAGAUCUGGAAUCUGUUGGCCGACUUUUGGAUCUAACCACAACAACGCUCCAGCAAUGGUCCAUCAUCUGAACAACAACUACAAUGCCAUCAAAGGACUGAUGACAGUCACGGACACGACAUUCGUCGGUUUCCGAAACGUCUGCUCCAGCGAGACAAACUUCAUGUUCAUCACCAACCCGCUCAACGAGGACCUGCAGCACCCUGUGCAGGUUUCAGGCAUAAAUAUAAUUGACAGCACAGAGGAGGCCAAAGUCUUCAUCCAUAGGCCUGAUCUAGGUAAAGUGAACCCGUCUGACUGUGUGGACAUGGACUGCGAUGCGAAGAAGAAGAGCUUGUUGAAGGACGUGGACGGUUCGUUCCUGGGUGCAGUGGGAGCUGUGGUGCCCCAGUCUGAGUACGAGUGGGGAGGUGAUCCCAGGAGGGGGCUGGGCGACUACCGCAUCCCGAAAGUCAUGCUCACUUUCCUCAACGGCAGCCGAAUCCCUGUGAACCAGAUCGCUCCACACAAAGGUGUGAUCAGGAAAGACUGCAUGUACAUGAGUUCCUGGCAGAGCUACAAGUGUUUCGGGCUGAACUACAGGAUGCUGGCGAUUGAGAGUCUUGACUCUGACACAGAGACCAGACGUCUGUCCCCGGUCGCUGUGCUCGGAGACGGCUUUUUGGAUCUGAUAAACGGUCCUCAGGAUCACGGUUGGUGUUCGGGCUACACCUGCCAGAAGAGAGUGUCUCUCUUCCACAGCAUUGUGGCCAUUGGACGCUCCUUCGAUGUCUUCUUCAGCAGCGUCAGCCCUCAGAAACUUCGCCUCAUGAUGCUCAACGCUGAUCCAUCUGAGAGCAUCAUGGUGUCAGUCUUCUACUCCAAGCCGCAGCGGUUGGAUGUGUACAUUAGCAACAAGUUGGUUGCUCCGACUAACGCUGACUGGAACGCUGACAACACUGACUACACCCUGAAGAAGCCCAUCUAUGCAGGUCAAUACGUCCCCCAACUGAAUGCCACUGUGGGCUCCAACUACUUCGACCAGGACUACAAGAUGCUGAAGGUCGUGCUGAGAGGCUCCACACCAGUGGAGAUCCGAACCGCCCCAGUUCUCUUCAUCUCCUUCAAUCUGCCCGCCAUGACUGAGGACGAGUUCUUCGGAGAAAACCUGAUCCAGAACCUCGCUACGUUCCUCAAAGUUCCCCCAAAUAUGAUCCGAAUCACCAAGAUCAUCCGGGAGGAUGGAGGUGCACGGCGUAGGAAGAGAUCCACAGGCCUGAAGGUGGAGGUGGAGAUUAAGAAACCUCCAGUCCAGCAAACCACCAACAGUACCAACGAUGAGGACUUUACAUUGUUGAAGAGCAUUGCUGAUGAUCUGGGUCAGGCAGCAGUUUCCGGAAACCUCAGUCAGUCCAUCGGCUUCAACGUGUCUUCGAUGGGCAUCAUCCCACCUCCUCCUCCAUCAUCUGACCCCAGCUGGAAUAAGGAGGCCACAGCAGAAGUGACAAGGGAGGAGCCUACAAUUAGCUAUGUGUCCAGCGUGUCCAACCUGCUGCUGAUGGUUGAGCCGAUAGCCGGGGAGUUUAUGGGUCCUCUGCACCAGCAGCCCAGUCUCAUGGCUGUGGAUGAGCAGGGUAACUGUGUAUCUGUGGGAGUGACGACUCUCACUGUAACAGCCAGCCUGAAGGACUCCAGUGGGAACAGCAUAGACGGACUGGAAGGAAACACAACCAUCCUGUUCAGCACCUGCUGGGCAAACUUCACCGACCUGUCCAUUCUCAACAGCGGUGAGAACCUGACCAUGGUCUUCACUCUGAAGGAGUGGGGUGCCGAGUCACGAGCCUUCACCGUCAGAAACACUGCAACCACCCAGACCCCGUCGACCAACAGCAACGGCACUGAUCCAGCGUCCACCUCAACUACAAGCAAACCACAGUCCACCACCGACAACAGCAUCUUCGGCUCCGGCACCGCUGUGUCUGCCGGCAGUCUGUGUCUGGUCAGCGUUAUCUACGCUGUGGCCUGCGGCUCACACGGCAUCCCCAUAUGCUAGAUAGUUCUGUGAAGCUAAGAGGGUUUUAUGAAGGAUACGUCAACUUAUAUUUACCUUAGCACAAGCAAUUCUGCUAAAUAAAACAAAUGUAAUCCUUGAAUAUAUUAUGCACAUGGCUGUUUUUUCUUUUUUCUCUUUUCAAAGUUAUUGGGAUGGGGUUACAAGUUUGUUGAGCCACACAGGAAUCUAUUUUAAUACAGGUGCAAUAGGGUUUAACUUGAAUCUGUAACAAGAUGAAGGAAGAUGUGAAGUUUGCAUUUUGCUGAUAAUUGUUUAAAACUGUAUUCUCUUUUCAAUAAAUUCUAUUUUCCAUGGUUAAAUACA